UACUUUGCGUCUUGAAACUGGAGGGGCCUUGAACAAAGCACGCGCCUUUCUGGGUGAUAAGGCUUAGACCAUGGCUUCGCGGUCAUGUUAUCAGGUUAUUAUGAAAGCCAUAAAUUAAGGACCCAAUAGAGGUUAAUAGCUAAAGGACUGUGAAUGUGACGCAUCCAUGUGUGAUGAGGCCCUCGUAUUGUUGACACACGACGCAUGGUAAACUUCGCUCAAGGAACGCUACUGAUUACAGAAGAGCUCUGUGUGUAAUAUGAAUUCGCUAUCUAUCGUUUUGGAGCUGCUUGCGCUCUUCGUGUCUAUGUAUAUCGGAGGGUUGAUAAAUGCAGAGGGCGUUAGGGAUCCUCAAUUCGUCCAGCGUAACGACCCGACAAUUCGUCAGCUUCUCCAUGUUAUGCACAAGUUGCGAUCAAGGGUGGAUCAACUUGCGAUGAAUCAGGCAACACUACCAAGUCAUAGAGCCCCGCCAGGCGAGUGCAACAUCCGAAUUGGCAAAGACGGUAAAGAUGGAAAAGACGGCAUUGAUGGAAGAGAUGGCCGUCCAGGGCCACCCGGUCGUCAUGGCUUUCCGGGGCAGAGAGGCAUGCCGGGAGGUACCGGACCACCGGGACCACCAGGUGAGCCGGGGCAGCCAGGAACGCCCGGGUUUGUAUUUUCAGCGCCCAAGGAAGCAUCAGAAGGACCCCCUGGCCCAGAAGGACCACCCGGGCCUCCAGGUGUGGUGUCAGGGGGGGCAGUGUAUGUUCGCUGGGGGAGGAGUACGUGUCCAGAUGGAGCGUCACUCGUUUAUAAAGGACAAGCUGGUAACAGCCAUUAUACCGCAUCGGGAGGCGGAGUCUCUUACCUCUGUCUUGUUAAUCAACCAAAAUACGGCCGCUACAGUACCAAACCCCAGCAUGGAGGGUACGUAUACGGCACCGAGUAUCACGUCAAAGGGUUCAAUCCUUUCCUAGCCCAGGGUCUUACCAAUCAGGACGUGCCUUGUGCCGUUUGUCACGUGAUGUCACGUGGUUCCCAGCUUAUGGUCCCAGGAACUUAUGACUGUCCCGAGGGAUGGACCCGCGAGUACCACGGGUAUUUGAUGACGUCAUCACACUUACAUAAGCACCCAACGGAUUACAUUUGCGUUGAUGUGCGACCAGAGACUACUAAGGGGGGAGAGGCGGGGCUGAUGGGUUCACUUUUAACGACUGUGGGAGGGAGGUGUGGGGCACUGCCAUGCGCUCCCUAUUUCGAGUACCGUGAACUGACUUGUGCGGUGUGCACCAAAUAAAUUAAUGAAUACAAUUGUAGAAUAAACAUAAAGCGGUGUAUUAAAUGAAUGUCAUGUGUA